GCCUAAAAUAUCCAACAUUUCACACGCCACAAGAGUGAAACUUGACUCUACUGUGAAAAGACAAUGCUUUACCAUCUGCUAUAAUUUGAUCAGAACAAAGCUCUCAGCUUUCAGUACCAAUCCUAGAAAAACUCCAUGCCCAACUUCUCUUGCCCUUCAAUGCUUCCCAUCUUCUUCUUAUCAAGAACAACAAUCCACCAGAGACUUUUUCUCAGUUUCCAAUCAAAACCCAUCUCGACUACCCCUGUUCCAACCCAUCAGCACAUUGCCCAUCUCGUACUCGAACAAAAAUCUGCAACCCAAGCCCUCCAAACUUUCAAAUGGGCUUCCAAGCUCCCCAAUUUUGCCCACUCCCAAUCAACUUAUAGAGCUUUGAUUCACAAACUUUGCACUUUCCGUCGAUUCGAUACUGUCAAGGAGGUGCUCGACGAAAUGCCCAGCUCAAUUGGGUCACCCCCAGAUGAGGACAUUUUUGUCACGAUUGUGCGUGGCCUUGGACGGGCGCGAAUGAUUCGAGAAGUCAUUAAAGUACUUGAUUUGGUCUCUAAAUUUGAAAAAAACCCGUCUGUGAAACUCUUUAAUUCGAUUCUUGAUGUUCUUGUAAAGGAAGAUAUUGAUUUAGCUAGAAAAUUUUAUAGGAAGAAGAUGAUGGGUUGUGGUGUUGAAUGCGAUGAGUACACUUUUGGGAUCUUGAUGAAGGGACUUUGCUUGACUAAUAGAAUUGAUGAGGGUUUCAAGCAUCUGGCAGCGAUGAAGUCACGUGGUUUGACGCCGAAUACUGUUAUUUAUAAUACAUUACUUCAUGGUCUUUGCAAGAAUGGGAAGGUUGGAAGAGCUAGGAGCUUGAUGAAUGAAAUGGCGAAACCCAAUGAAGUUACUUUUAAUAUUCUGAUAUCCGCGUAUUGUCGAGAAGAGAAUUUGGUGCAAGCUCUUGUGUUGUUGGAGAAGUGUUUCAGUAAUGGGUUUGUCCCUGAUAUCAUCACUGUGACCAAGGUUAUUGAAAUCCUCUGCAAUGAAGGCCGUGUCACUGAGGCCGUUGAAGUUUUAGAAAGAGUAGAGAACAAGGGAGGCACUCUUGAUGUUGUAGCGUAUAACGCCCUGAUCAAGGGCUUCUGUAAGAAAGGGAAUGUGAAACUCACACUUCGAUAUUUGAAGGAGAUGGAGAGUAAGGGAUGCCUUCCAAAUAUAGACACAUAUAAUGUAUUGAUAGGUGGCUUGUGUGAGUCUGGGAUGUUGGAUUCAGCUCUUGAUAUGUUUCAUGAAAUGAAAACGGUCGGAAUUAGAUGGAACUUUGUCACGUACGAUACAUUAAUCGGUGGGUUGUGUUUUGGAGGAAGAAUGGAAGAUGGAUUUAAGAUCAUGGAAUUGAUGGAAGAGAGCAAGGGGGGAUCUGGGGGUCAUAUUAGUCCUUACAACAGCAUCAUAUACGGUCUGUACAAGGAAAAUCGUUUGAUUGAAGCCCUUGAAUUCCUUACUAAGAUGGGGAAACUGUUUCCUCGAGCUGUUGAUAGGAGCUUGAGGAUACUAGGAUUCUGUGAGGAGGGCUGCGUUGAUGAUGCAAAGAGGGUUUAUGAUCAGAUGAUCGGGGAAGGGGGUAUUCCUAGUGCUCUCGUGUAUGCCAGCUUGAUUCGUGGGUUCUGCCAACAGGGUUUUGUCAAGGAAGCAUUUGAGCUGAUGAAUGAGAUGGUUGGCCGCAGUUAUUUUCCUGUUGCAUCAACAUUUAAUGUCUUAAUUUGUGGGCUUUGUGGGAAUGGCAAAGUUGGGAGUGCAUUUAAGCUAAUGAAAGACAUGGUUGGAAGAGGUUGCUUGCCUGAUAUUGGAAGCUAUAGUCCUCUAGUUGAUGCUUCUUGUAAAAAAGGAGAUUUCCAAAAGGCUUUGUUACUCUUUCUACAAAUGUUGGAUGAAGGUAUUAUUCCUGACUAUUUUACAUGGAAUGCGUUAGUUCUGUGUCUUAGUCAAGAGCAAAAGUGGUUAGAAGGGGAGAGUAUGUUCCGUAUGUAUAACCUAUUACAACGGAUUCUUGAGACGUGAAUUAUGGGUUUUCUGACUUUUAGUAGUUAAAAUGGCAAGAUCAUUGCAUUUUGUGAGAAAGUCACACAAUAGAACAUUGAUCUUGUUACUUUUUUCUUUGUUCGCAUCUGAUGAAGAAAGUAGGCCAUUCCAUUUUGGAGAAAACAUGGACCUAAUCCAGCCCAUCAGUGAAAGGUUGUGCAUCUGUAAUUGUGAAAAACAGCGGUCAAUCCAUCUUUGAAGUUGUGUUUUUUGUUAGAUAUGGUGACACAAGCUGAGGGAUGGAAGAGUAUUGAUCCGCGUCAGAUUGCUUUAGUGCGACUCAUUCUGGUAGUUGGUUGCUCUGAGCUUUUAAACUGGAAGGGAUGACAAUGAGAAGAAAAUUGUUACUCUUAUGAGGCUGGGAUGCAGAAUUUCUGAUUAGGUUGUGGAAAUGAGCAUUUAUUUUUUUAACUAUCAUCAUGUGAAAUGAAGAAGAGUUUAUUAUUAUUCUUAUUGUUGUUGUGUUCUUUUGAUGGAAAGAUAGGUAGGUGUUUGCUGCAACUUAAAUGAGUUGUUUAUGAUCUGUUUAUUUAUUUUGUAAUUAUAAGUCAGAUCAUUUGUUGUAAUUUUUUUUACAAUUUAUAUGGUGAACAUUAUUUAAAUAA